CGUUUUCAGAGACUAGAGGACGAUUGCCUGACAUGUCGAAAACUCCCUUCUUCUCUUUAAAAUGAAGAUAAGACUUUUAAUGAUUCUGUGUUUAGUUGGAAGUGGCUUUGCGAAAAAACCUCCUGAUGUGGACUGUGUGGUGAUUGGUUUGAAAUAUGUUAAAUGCUUAUGGAAUACUUCAGAUGUCAAUUACACUUUUUACAGUAGAUUUCAUCAUCAAUCCUUUCGUGAAUGUGACACCUACAUACUCAAGAACGGCCUGAAUGUUGGAUGCAAACAGCCUGAAGACGACAUCAUGAAUAAAAGAUUUAACACAUACUACACCAAAUUUCAGCAAGAAGACCAGAAUCCCACAGAACAUCAUCUCAAAAACAGAGUAAAAUUGGAUCCACCAUCCAACCUCACGGUCCAGUUCAGGUCUGACUCCAGCUUGUGCUUUGAGUGGAGGCUAAUCUACAAGUCAUGUGUUGAGAGCGAGGUCCGCUACAGACUCAACAACGACAACUGGCAGGUGUCCAUGGUGGGGCCAGGGCUUCAGGAAUACUGUUUUAACUUACCAUCAAACUCGUCCCGUUACGAGCUACAGGUGCGAAACCGCGUGAGCUACAAUUGUGGCCCUUCUAAAGAGUGGAGCGAAUGGAGUGAUCCGGUCAUCUGGGGCGCCCACAACAAGACAGACUUGACCGGGCUGCUCUACUCUGUGAAUGUGUGGACUGUGGUCAUGUACUUUGUUGGCGGGGCCACUCUGCUCCUGCUGAUCGUUCUGUUGUUGCAUCAUGAAAGAAUCCGGAUCAUCCUAAUUCCAGUGGUUCCUAAACCGUCCCUGGUCACUCAAGACUUUAAGGAGUGGUUAGACAGCCCCAAAGGCCUAAAGGACAUUUUUAAGCCUAGCUACACAGAGCGCACCUGUUCUGUCCGGGAGUACUGCCCUGUACCUCCCUCUGACAGUGAGAGCUCAGACUCCUCCAUCGUUUCUGUCAGCACAGAUCAAACCGUCUGCUACAACCCAGUCCCGAAUCCAGAUCUCAACCACCCAGGACCCUCCUCCUCCAGCACUGAGUUUGUCCCACCAGAAGAGCAGCACAUCUCUGUUUAGCAAAGGGUGACCCCUUUGCUAAACAGAGAUGUCAGUUUUCAGUGAGCUCUGCUAGUUAUUGGGAAGCAGACAUUAUGCAUUUUAAUUAAUUCCCAAAACCAAAAUGAAUGUUGCCUGUAUGUACAUACACAAACAGUAUGUGCAUUUUAUGUGGCUGAAAGCCUUGCAGAGACCACUGUCCAGUGACAGCUAUGAAAGGAUAUGAUUUACAAGUAGCUUAUAUGUAUGAUAGGAAAGUGUACUCACUGGCCAGGCAAAACUGACUGAACAAAAAUAAACAUUUUCCUUCUUUAAUAAUUUAAUGUCUGUAGACUUUAUUGAUAAGGUAAGAUGUCAAUUUUUGCUAUCAAAAAGUACCUGGUAUCUGUUGGUUUCUGGUCUAUUGCAUGUAGAAAAAAAGGAAAGGCACAGGAGUAGUUCUGUUGAUCUUUAUUUUCAGUUACAGCAAUACAGUCAACAGGCAGCGUCCAGCAAAGCGGCAUCUAGCAAAGUGAGCAGAGUCUAACAGAUGGCAGAGUCUAAAGCAGAGUCUACCAAAGUGAGACUGCACCAGUGUUUUAUAAUCCCCCAAAAGUGGGAGUCAUACAUUCCUGUAUGAAAGGAGGCUACAGAGAAGAAAUGUGGCCUUGACCAAAAUGACUGGUAUGUAGCUGCUAUUCUCCCUUAGCGCGAUAAAUGGCAACUGCUGCAUGGGAACCGUUUUGCACCUUUUUAAGUAAGCAAUUUAUCAUAUUUGAAUAUUGUUCACAUACCUUACCUGCACGUUAAACCAUUGAUAUCAAGAGCAUCCUAGAUCCUCGUAAGUGAAAACCAUAGGAUAACCUUUACAAACAUAAUAUGUGGCUCACCUAAUGAGAGAAGGGCAGGGCGCUUGGCAGUGGCCCCUGCCAGAACAGCUACACUACAGAGCCACUUCCUUAGCUAGCCCACUGAGGUCGUAAUUUAUUAAAAAUAUAAGGAUCGUUAUAUCUUUUGGAGCAUCUCAACAUCCUUAACCUGGUGACCUUUAGCACGGCUGACCUCUCCUUUAAGAGUGUAUUCGUAGAAGCGCCCACUCACAUUGACCAGCCCAACACCACAUCGCUCGUACUUUGUGGAACAUGUCCUCCGAACCUCAGGAUCACACCCACCAACAAACCUGUGCAAUCAGACAAUAGAUUGAACCAAUAUGAGACACAAAACAUAUGAUUUUAAGCUUAAUUACAAGAAAAAAUGUAUAUCAAUAACUAAACCUGGACCCCUAAACCUUGUUACAAAGAAAUUAUACUAACAAUAGUUUUGAGCAGCUUGAAACAAAAAAAACACUGACAGACCACUACUUAAACUAAACUGUAUUAAUUUGUAUGUGUGAUUGUUUGUAUGUGUGAUUUAGACAAGCAUCACUUAGAUAGUGAAUGGUUAACUAGACCAAGGUCAACUCUGCCUGAAGCAGGUCGAGAAAUAGUUCAACUCUGCCUGAAGCAGGUCGAGAAAUAGUUUUAUCUACAAAAAUAACAAGCUUACAGGUUAAGUUUUGAAGCUAACAGCUAGCACUGAGGCCAAGUUCAUUGAUUAUAGGACGAGGGUUUUGUUUUCUUACCGUAGAUCAUAGCGAGUCCAGUCUCGUGUAGAAACCUAAAUCUUCGGUGCUUGAAGAGCCAUAUCGUUAAAAUAGUUAGUGUUAGCAGCAUUAUAAAUAUGAGCAAGUUGGCACUGUCCUGUCGGUGGC